AUGGGUGUUAAUAAACGGCUUAAUACAUUUGUACAUGAUUCAAUUUUUACAAGUCAUUUAACAUUGAUGAAAUGUUUUCCCGAUGAUUCUAUGUAUCCAUUAUCUGAUACAAUACUUGAUCGCUUUUUACAAAUUUUACCUAAAAUUUACCAUAAAAUCCAAUGGCUCAAUGUUGAAUCAUCAUCUAUGGAGCAACUACAUGUCAAUGUAACAUUUUUCGACGAUUGUCUUUAUUUACUUGAUAGACGCUUCAAUCAACUUCGUGUACUUCAUGUUAAAAUUACUUGGAUUCGUUCUUCAGGUCUAACAAUCAAUAAUACGAAAAAUUUACCUAAUUUAAAAUGCUUCUCGUUAUAUUGUAAUACAGAUACAUUUGUUUAUGAUGAAUUAAUUAUUCCACUUUUGCAUCGAAUGUUAAAUUUAGAAAAACUUCAUCUAUAUCUUAUAAUUGGUUGCAAGAACACAUUUAUUGAUGGUAAUAAUUUGAAAAGAAAUAUUAUCAAUCAUAUGCCACAAUUAAAUAUAUUAACAUUUAACAUUCGCUCAACUGUUCGUCUUCAUAAUCAAAUUAAUUUACUAUCGAAUGAAGAUAUUCAAUAUACAUUCAAUGAUUUUCAAAAUAAUCAAAUAAUUACUUGUGUUGAUUAUUUUUCAGAGAUUGAACGAGGUCAAUGUCAUAUUUAUUCAUGUCCAUAUGAAUUGAAAGAAUAUCAUAAAAUAACAAAUAAUUUUCCAGGUGGAAUAUUUAAAUAUGUUCGUGAAAUAUCAUUAUUUGAUCAACGACCUUUUGAACAUGAUUUUUUUUUUCAAAUUUCUCAAUCAUUUCCAUUUAUGAAAAAAAUAACUUUAAUUAAUGAAAAACCACCAAGUGAUCAACGACCUAGAAAACUAGAAGAUGACAAUGAACAUUUAUCAAUCAUUACAUAUCCACAUAUUUCUGAACUUAAUCUUAUUGAAGAUCAUGAUGAUUAUAUCGAACAAUUUCUUGUUGAUACGAAAACGUGUUUACCCAAUAGUGUUUAUCUUUCUGUCGAUUAUAAAGUACUGAAAACAGUGACACAAAAUUUUACAAGAAAUACAACACGAGUAAACUGUACAAAACUACGUUCUUUAGGUCUAAUUGGUAAAUAUCGAAUUCCUAAAUAUGUAAAACAAUAUUUUUCUCAUACAAAAAUAUUGUGA